AUCGCUCACCUAUCGCCGCAAUGGGACCUCCGCGGCGACAUCUACACCUUUUCCUUCUGGACCUCGCCAAAAGCCGCCAGCGCCCUUCCCGAACACGCCUACUCUCCCCUCGAGGGAGUCACGUCCUUUGCCGAUGAGACUUACAGCCGCCCGGUUGGCGGGCUGAGCAUGAUCCAAAUCCUGAGCUAUAGGGAUUCACCGAUAGGCCCGUAUGAUGAGAUGCUGGUUGCGCCGGGCAGCUUUGACUGGGAGAGAACAGAGGCGGAUGGCAAGAAGACGAGGGGAUGCAACCCGAAGAUUACGAGGAUUUACGUGUCAACGCCAAACAGCUGCUUCAACGGGAGGACGAACUGGAACGUCCCCAAGCAUCUCGCCAAAUUCGUCUGGGACCACCACCCCGACGGCUCCACCACCAUCAAAAUCUACCCGCACGACGACCCUCUCAACGCAGACGAAUCCCAGCCCAGCGCCAGGCCCUUUUUCCAAACCACCUUCAAGCCAAUGUCGCUCGUCCCGCGCUUCCCCUUCGCCACCAGCUGGGCCGACCGCCUCGGCUUCAACACCACCCUCGUCAUGCCCCCCUUGCCCUCGGGCAACGGCACCUACGGCGAGCUCCCCAGCACCGACCGCUGGAUCAAGCUCGAGACGAAGCAGUACUGCAGCCGCAGCACG